AUGUUCCGGCCCUUUGUGGAAGUGACCAUGGUUGGCCCACACCAAAGUGAUAAGAAGAGGAAAUUCACAACCAAGUCCAAAAGCAACAACUGGACUCCCAAAUACAAUGAGACAUUUCACUUCCUCCUGGGAAAUGAAGAGGGCCCAGAGGCCUAUGAAUUACAGAUAUGUGUGAAGGAUUACUGCUUUGCCCGGGAAGAUCGGGUGCUGGGGCUGGCUGUGAUGCCUCUGAGGGAGGUAGCAGCCAAGGGCAGCUGUGCGUGCUGGUGCCCCCUGGGGCGGAAGAUUCAUAUGGAUGAGACAGGCAUGACCAUUCUGCGGAUUCUCUCUCAGAGAAGCAAUGACGAGGUGGCCCGGGAGUUUGUAAAGCUCAAAUCGGAAUCUCGUUCCACGGAGGAGGGAAGCUGA